AUGGAGGAGGUUCGCAUAUCGGAUUGGCCCGAACCACCGGGCUCGCAUGCAUGGCUGCCCGCUUAUGGUUUCCAGCAUGAAUUAUUGGAUAAGGAUGACUAUUUUGGCUCCAAUGGUGACAGUGGCAGCACUCACGCUUUGUACCUCGAAACUAUAGUUGAGGAAACAAGCGAUGAUUUGCGUUCCGAACGUUCGUCUGCUGCAACUUGGCUCUCAGAUUCAGACGCAGAUUCUGUCAUACAUGUGCGAGGAGCUGGAGGAUCAGAGUGCGACAGCGAGUCGGAGCGGGAAUGGGCAUGCCCGGCUAAACGGCGCCGCAGGGAGCGAGCCACCUCGCCCACCAGCUCGGCUUCGCUCUCGCGCUCCUCCAGCCUCGCUCAGUUCGAGUCUCUCGAACGUUCCUGCGCCGCACCAGCCUCCCCUAGCCUGUCACCGGAUUCCCUCGAGUCGCCGCCGGCGUCGCCUCCACCAAAACGCCCCGCCCCUCGCACACAUUUGUCCGCGGAGAACCUCAGCGAAGACAGCGGUUACAGUGAGCGCGCGCGACGCCCGCCGCCACCUGCCAAGCGCGGUUCGACAGAAAUAGCACAGGGGCCGACCGCCGCCGGCUCCGCGCCUAACCUCGCCUCGCCCAGUGCCGGGCGGCGCCCGCCCCGUGCUGCGCGCGCUCUCUCGCUGCCCGCCGAGCUCGACGUGUGCGCCGAGCCACGCCGCCACACCGCACACCGCGCGCGCUUUCGCCAGACCUUCGAGGUGUCCGACAACCUGACCGUCAGCGUGGCGGACCUCACGGCUCUAGACUACCGCGGCGGCCCGAGGCGCCCGCGCCUCCCGCCGCCGCCGCCGCCUCCUCCGCGAGCCCCUCGCCAGCCACCUCCUCCGCCUCCUGUAGAAACUGUCGUGCGACAACCAUCUCCGCCCCUGCUCCGCGAACCGAGUGCAGAGAGCAAUUCAACGACCGAAUCGGAACAAGCUUUCGCCCGCGAAAUGGAAACGACAGCGCGGCGUCUCGACGAGAACGCUAUGAGGGCGCUCGCCGAAACUGGUGACUUCGAUAGAGGACUAUCUGUGUUAACCGCGAAACGGUUGCGAGACUCGUGGGGAGCGUGGGACGACGUGCUCGACGAACUCCGCCGACGGAUAGAACCUUCCUCCCCGACGCCAUCCCCACCGCGUUCCCCCUCCCCGGAUCCUAUCAGGGAGCCCGUAUUCGCGUCGACGCCGCUCCGAUCGUCGUGCGAUGCGCGCGUCCGAUCCACUCCCGAAUUACGCGCCCGUGCAACCCCUCAUCGCGAGACGCCGGAAGAGUUGCGCGCGUCCUUACAACUAGUGGCACCGACGCAGCCCGACGCCGCGCCGCCCGUGCGAUCCGUCUCCGCCGGCUCAAAAGGAGUAACGUUUUCACCGGUGGUGGCCGAGGUGAGCUGGCGGGAAACAAGUACGAGUAGCGCGACGAGCGAGAACACGACCACGAGCGCAAGCGACGACGCGGCAGACGCGGAGGUGGUGGUCGUGGAGGGGGGAGGCGAGGUGCCGCGCGCGCCGGCCGCAGAGCGCGCCAUCGACAUGACGGAUGCGGGCGCGCGCGCGCCGCGCAGCCGUAUCGCGGGCUUCCUGUCGCGGUUCGCGAACUUCCGUUUUUCGGGUCGCAAGGAGAAGAAGCCGAGGGGCGCAGGCGCGAACGGGCGGCCGGCCGGCGGAGUCGCGGCGACGGCAGAUGCGGGGCACGGAGCGCGCGCGGCGGCCGGGCCGCAGUACGUGCGCAUCCCGCUGAAGGAGGAGGGUGUGUCGCGGGCCGCGGGAGCCCCCGCGGCGGGCGGCGUGGCGCACAAGCCGCCGCGGCCGCGCCCGCCGCCCGCCCCCACGCCGGGCGUGCUGGAGACCGACGUGGACACCCAGCGCACCGUGCUGCAUGCGCGCUCGCUGCUCGCCCUCGCGCCGCCAGACCAGCGCUCGCCGCGCCCGCACAAGUCCAUGGAGUUCCUGCUCGACAAGGACAGUGCCCAGACAGUUCAGCCCCCCGAGAACGAGUUGCAGAAAAAUUCGGACCGUGUGCUCUCUGAGCACGAACUGCGAGUUCAGAGGUCACUUCAGAAGCUAAAUGUGCCCGAAUGGUACAAAAACGCGCCAGCACCCCGAGAGGGCUUCCUGCUGCGCAAGCGGCUCUCCGACGCGUCGUCAGCGGCGACGCGCUGGGGCGGGCUCAACUCGAAGACCACUUCGCUCGGCAGCCUCGGCGCCAACAACGUCCAACCGCCGCCACCCCAGCUCUCGCCGCACACCACCAGCUUCGGGAGAUGGUCGACUAGCCGCCUUAAUUCUAAUCAAACGUCCCCGUGUUCGUCAACCCGCAGUAGUAUCCGGGGCGGUAGUCCGCUGUGCUCGCCGUCGACCCGCUCUUCCUUCAGCGCACGCCAACCCUACCUCGGCUGGCGAAGUCAGGAGCGACUAAAUACAACGCCCAGGACGCCACAUGAGAGGCUAGCUUCAUCCCUACUUCAGCAGUCCACAGAAUCAGCCAAAGCAGCAGAAGAAAUCCAAUCGUCUAUCAAGGAAGUGACGUCCGCCAUUGUACACUACGUGUCUGGUCUAGAACCAGCCAAUGGCGACGUUGAUCGUCAACCGUCGCCCAGAUCGAGCCAGAAGCUGUAUUGGCUAGAGAGUUCAUUUGUAGGCACGAAACCUCUAGAUUCACCACAGACGCCACUAGUGGUCACGGAAUCGCUCCCGCCACCUCAUCCGAGGCCUCCAUCUUCCCUCCGCCUCGAGCACCGAGCCGCGCCCGACUGGCAAGAAUCCCAACGCCCAUUGAACUUUGAACCGACAAGGCCAUCGCCCGGUUCCACAACUUUGGAAGACGUACUGGAUUCCUUAUUGGGCUUACCUUCGCAACCUACGAGAUUAUCAACACCGCAGCCUAGUCCUAGGAAGAGUCCUUAUUAUUUUAUGGGAGGGAAGAGCCCCCGCUACGAACUGCUGGCUAGUAGUGGACAUAGCAGCGCAUCACCAGCGUCCCGGUACUUCUACACUCCUAGUGAGGAGCCAAGCUCCCUCACCGAUCCUAGCCCUGAUCACGAUCGACAAGGCAAGGAAACAGUUGAUAAUUCAACCAAAAUGCAAGAAUCAAAACGUCCGCGGUCAGCCCAAGGCGAUCACUCGCGACGGAAGAGUGAACCCUUCGCUCAACACAGCGCUUCCGUAGACCGCCGAACUAGUCUCGACGCCACAACUUUACGCUCCACAGAACCCCGUAUGACCCAUCAUGAUUCCCGUGCCUCCCUCCUCUCCUUGCAAACAGAAAACAGCACUGACGACGCAUUUGUCAAAUGCAAAUACCCUAAAUGCUCCUCACGUGCUCCAGUAGCGGAUGCCAAACGACAUUAUAAAUCAUGCCAUAAUUGUACAACCAUGUACUGUUCGAAAGAAUGUCGAAGAGCGCAUUGGGAAAAACACCGAAAGGUCUGCUUGCACUCACGAGCGAGCGCACUUUGUAGGCAAAUCAUAUCGGCAGCUAAAGAAGACGCAGAUUCCUUACACCAAAUCAGCACCAUCGCCCAUAAAGGAUAUUUGGCUCAAGGUCGGGGUGUAGUAAAAGUGUUCUUCACUAGUCCAGAAGCUGCAGAGAAGUUUACGACACACGGCUAUCAAUAUCUAAGUGAACCGGAAUAUGUGAAAUGGAUCUCAUUGCAACCAAAUGAAAUGGGUGUUGAGUUGUACACGGAGGUAGUGAAGCUUUGUAAAUCCUAUAACCCCGAAACAAGAGUAAUUCUUUAUGUUGCUGUGUGUAUUAUAAGUGAAGUUCCAACAAAAGGAGCUGUGAAAUGGGAACGACAGAUGGUAUCGAGGUGUGCGAAAUUACGUCUCAGUAAAACUGUAACCGCGACCAUACAAGAACAGAAUCGAAAACGCAAUCGAAGAGACAGCAGAGGAACACCAGACGACCGCGAAACGCUCAUACUGACGUCAAAACUAACCAACGCUGGCGAAAAGAAUGCUGCUACAGCACAUAAAUUUAGAGAAAUAUGCUUUAAAAACAUAGUCCGUGAAUUAGAAAACCGAGGAGUUGUGUUAAAAAAGCAUUUUCCGGAAGUUUAUUCGCGUCUAGGGGCGUAUGUUGAUGGAACAAGUGAUAGGUUCAUUCCAAUGACUAUCUAUCCUAGGGACGUGGCAAGUGGGAAAUCUUUCGUGUGUGUGAUUAUGCCAGACAGUGAAGUGGACAGUGGUACACCUGUCGAUGGUAAGGUUGUGACUGUGGAUGUUGGUUUGGACCGGUCUCGGCAUCAGUUAUCAACUCCAAUGUAA